AUGAAUCCAGAUGGAUGCCAAUAUGACCCCUUAUAUGGUUAUACUCAACCUCAAGCAAGACUUACAACAGCACCAGAUAUUACAACUUUAACACCUUUCGCACCUCAAGCAGCUCCUCUUGGAGAAUAUUCAUCUGCACAUGCCCUUUCCACUUAUGACCCAUAUAGAUAUCCAUCUUAUUAUCCGUCUUAUGGUCCAGCUACUGGUUCGACUUCUUUUUAUACUACAGAUUUGACUUUUUCAACAAGUCGUAGUAAUGCAGAUUUCCCGAAACCAGCUCGGCCUGAUGCUAUAAUUGCUAAAGAUAUCAAGCAAGAACAUGAAGCCAAGGAACAAACAGUGGAACUGAUUUCGGCAGCUGGUGGUUCGAGUGGAGAUAUCCCAGAACCACAUUCUGAAUUAAUUCAAACUAGUUCAGAUGCUACAAGCACCCAAAACGUUGUGCAACAACAUACUGAGUCUUCACAAGUACCACGAAGAUUAGAUAGAAGGAAAGCAGCUACAAUGCGUGAAAGACGGCGAUUACGUAAGGUGAAUGAAGCAUUUGAAGUUGUAAAACAGCGGACAUGUCCUAAUCCAAAUCAGAGAUUACCAAAGGUUGAAAUUUUGAGAAGUGCAAUUGAAUAUAUUACGAAGUUGGAAAAUAUGUUACAAAGUCAAGGAAAAAUGACAAAAAUUAUGGCAGCUAAUCAGGGAAUUCAUUUGCCGGAUACCGAUGGUCAAGAUUAUGUUUCUAUGCACAAUACGCCUAAUAAUGGAUCUGCCGUCGCUUAUUAUGACAACAAAUUAAGAACAUUUCCUGAAGAAAGUGAAGAUUUCCGAGGUGUUAGUGCCGGCGAAAGUUCGCAUGAAGCAAGGAGAACAUCGAACAAGAAAAGUUCCUUAGAAAGAUUAUCAAGAAUUGUGGAUAGUAUAGCAGCUGAUGAAGAUGAAGAAGGAGUUGAAGGUUCCGGAAGUGAACAUUCAACUGUAUGA